AUGGCCUCUUGGAUAGCCAAGCCGUGGAUCGAGCAAGCUUUGAGGAGCCCAGAUUCUAAGAGUUUACCCAAAAUUGCCAGGGCGCAAGUCAUCAAGCUUGAAGAAACCUCCAAAAAUGUGGCAUUAAUUAGUGACAAGAAACUUUUUGUAAAAGCUUUGUUCUCAACACCAGCUAUUGAGCAAUUUAAAAGAGACAACUCUAGCCUUUCUCUACCUGACAUCCAAGGUGGACUUAUAUUUAUCAAGAAAUACUCUGUGCAAGUUAUGGCAGAAAAAGACUGGGGUGAUGCUGAAUUUUUGAUCAACAUUUACCACUUUAAGUUUGCUGGAGGAGAAGGUAACACGCAGUUUGGGGGAGAUAUUACAGAUGCUUCAACAUAUCCUUCGUUACAGCAGCGACUGAGGGAGCUGUGGUGGAUUGCACAGCUUAGAAGUCUCCUAGACAAUGCACAGUCUUGUCAAGAAUCACAUGAAGAUGGCUCUAACCUCAACUUCAAUGAAAUCAACAAAACUCUGCUUAGGAGUCAUGAAAAGGUCUUUGUCCCAGAUGAAAUGGAAAAGAAACUAGCAGAGAUUCCAGAAUGGAAGGCAAGUUACUACCCACCUCAAUCCUACGAUACAGAUAGCGAACCCUCGUCCCUUGGAAGAGAAUCAUCAUUCACGAGACCGUCAAUCUCCCUCGUAGCUGUAGAGGACAAUAUCACCAAACUCGAAACUAGAGACAUUUUCGCCUCUCAGUCAAAACAGGAAGGGCGAAAAAGAGUUAAAUUUGUUGGAAAUGAGACUUCGGGUGAAAUGAGUGGAUGUGUUCCUAUUUCGGUGAUCCGUGAAAAUGAGAUUUCAAAUAAUAGUGAUAAAGUGGGAAUUAACGAGCAGGUAAAGUCUGUAGUAGAACAAUCAAGUAUUGUAGAAAACGGAGAGAAAGCUAAAACAAGCGAGAAAACAAGAUGUUGCCUACAGGAAGAAGAUGGCGUACCGUUGGUGAGUAGUAGCUCAAGUUAUGUACCGUCUUCUCAAACACAUGCACAUGUCGUCACCAUUCAACCUUUGGAGGGGCUGAUACCUGAAGAGUUGUUUUUGUCUUGGAGUGAGGGUUCACAGCCGAGAGAAAGCAGCGAAGAAUCGUACUCCAUUUUGCAUGGGGGAUCUGCUGCCGGCGGGGAGGACGAGGAUGUAUCUUUUGUGCCCUCAAGCCAAAAUAGCCAUGAGCUCGACCCAGCACCACAACUUCCCCAUGUAACACCUGUGCGAUGUCAACGUGACUGCUCGUUAUCGGAGUCGCAGUUGGAAAAAUUGUUUGAAAAUAGUGUUUCCUUUGAUGAAGUCACCACACCGCCCGGCUUAUCAGGUGUUCUUUCUCCAACUCCAGAGUGUUACACUAAGAUUAAACCUCAGGAAGUGUCUCAAGAAGACUCUGAGACAACGCUGUAUAAAAUUUUGUCUGGCAGACGAAAAUGUAGUUCUCAGUCUUUUAGCUCGAGGAGGACUGAUGUUAACACGGCAUGUUAUUUUUCAUGUCAAGAAGCAGAAAAAGAAUCAACUCUAAUUUUUGGAAGCAAACCGAAUAUUCUAGGUAACACAAACUCUAAGGAAUCUACCAUUUCGUCUUCGCGGGGAAACUCCGUCAGCAAGUCAUCAACUGGCAAACAGCCCAACCGGGUAAACUCUAAUGUUGAAUUUGAUAUCUUGUUCUCCCAAAACACUUGGAGUGUAUCUCAACCAUUUACACAAGAAUUAAGUGCUGAUUUAGUUGAAAUUGACAGACGUCAGUCUAUCAAAAGGAGACAUUCUGAGACUGAGGAUCAUUCGCACAAGACACACCUAUCAGACAAGCAAGAAAAAGAAGUAUUUUAUGGGGACGGUACAGUUAGUCCAGAUAGAACAUCAUUCUCACCCAACAGUAGUCAGGCUGGUUACUCUCAAAGUCAGCGAUGCAACAACUCUCUCACUAUUUCCCUGGCCAAGCCUACUUUCCUAUAUUCACAACAGGAUCCUUUGGUUCUGGACACGUCAGGAUCAACAGAGGGAAACAAGUCGUCUGAGGAAGAAGAACCUUUCACGUUAAGAACUCCGACGUUUGGCUCUCUUCCAUCUUUUCAAAUUCCUGUUGAAAAAGGCGAAUCACUCAAUCGAGAAGGCGAGUCCACAAAGCAAAAAGAUGCUGACUUCGUCGAGAGUAUGUUGAAAAGCUUUGGUUCAAAGAGGAAGAAACAUCGUAGGAACUUUAAUUGGUUCUCAGAUGCGUAUUAACGAAGUUUAGAUACAAGUGUAUGGGCCCAACGAGGUGUUCCACCUGAACGGAUUGUUGGGUGGUCCUUCGCCUGGAUAGAGGUGAAUUCCAUGAUCGCCAUGCGAAAAUAAGAAUGCCACAGUGAUUUGCUUAUUAUCAGGAUUACAAUCGACUUCAUCAUCGCUCAACUUGGAUCCGCGAUCGAUGAUUUUGCUUUGGAUUUUCUGCACCUUGUGACAGAAAAAGUUAUUCUAAUACUGUCUUUAUAUUUUUGACCUCCUGCACCAAAACGAAAAAAAAAACAUUUUUUCUAAUAACAUUUUACAUAAAGGUGUCAUCUCAUCAAUCAUCAU